UUUGAGUGAGUAACAGGGAGCAAGAGUGCUGAAGGAGGGCCAGUUUCCCCAAAAUUGGACUUCUCAGAACCUUUAAUAUGCUAAUGUGCAUUGUGAGUCUCCAAGAGGGGGAUAUGAUAUGCAGCAUUCUUGAAUACUUCUAAUGACAGGGAGCCCACUACCUCAUAAGCUGCAGUGAGAAGAGGAGUUUGUUAUUUUAAACAGAGGCUGAAGAAACUAAAAAAUUAGCAGACAUAAGAGAAAGUGGAGAAGGUAGAGGAUGGAGUUGCAGACUCUACAGGAAGCUCUUAAAGUGGAAAUUCAGGUUCACCAGAAACUGGUUGCUCAAAUGAAGCAGGAUCCACAGAAUGCUGAUUUAAAGAAACAGCUUCAUGAACUCCAAGCCAAAAUCACAGCUUUGAGUGAGAAACAGAAAAGAGUAGUUGAACAGCUACGGAAGAACCUGAUAGUAAAGCAAGAACAACCAGACAAAUUCCAAAUACAGCCAUUGCCACAAUCUGAAAACAAACUACAAACAGCACAGCAGCAACCACUACAGCAGCUACAGCAACAACAGCAGUACCACCACCACCACGCCCAGUCGGCUGCACCCUCUCCCAAUCUGACCGCUUCACAGAAGACUGUAACUACAGCUUCUAUGAUUACCACAAAGACACUACCUCUCGUCUUGAAAGCAGCAACUGCGACCAUGCCUGCCUCUGUUGUGGGCCAGAGACCUACCAUUGCUAUGGUGACCGCCAUCAACAGUCAGAAGGCUGUGCUCAGCACUGAUGUGCAGAACACACCAGUCAACCUCCAGACGUCUAAUAAGGUCACUGGGCCUGGGGCAGAGGCUGUCCAAAUUGUGGCAAAAAACACAGUCACUCUGCAGGUUCAGGCAACACCUCCUCAGCCCAUCAAAGUACCACAGUUUAUCCCUCCUCCUAGACUCACUCCACGUCCAAACUUUCUUCCACAGGUUCGACCCAAGCCUGUGGCCCAGAAUAACAUUCCUAUUGCCCCAGCACCUCCUCCCAUGCUUGCAGCUCCUCAACUUAUCCAGAGGCCUGUUAUGCUGACCAAGUUUACCCCCACAACCCUCCCUACCUCCCAGAAUUCCAUCCACCCCGUCCGGGUCGUCAAUGGGCAGACUGCAACCAUAGCCAAAACGUUCCCCAUGGCCCAGCUCACCAGCAUUGUGAUAGCUACUCCAGGGACCAGACUCGCUGGACCUCAAACUGUACAGCUUAGCAAGCCAAGCCUUGAAAAACAGACAAUUAAAUCUCACACAGAAGCAGAUGAGAAACAAACAGAGAGCCGCACCGUCACUCCACCUGCCGCACCCAAACCAAAACGGGAGGAGAACCCUCAGAAACUUGCCUUCAUGGUGUCUCUAGGGUUGGUAACACAUGACCAUCUAGAAGAAAUCCAAAGCAAGAGGCAAGAGCGGAAAAGAAGAACAACAGCAAAUCCAGUGUACAGUGGAGCGGUCUUUGAGCCGGAGCGUAAGAAGAGUGCAGUCACAUACCUGAACAGUACAAUGCAUCCUGGGACUCGGAAGAGAGGUCGUCCUCCAAAAUACAAUGCAGUGCUGGGGUUUGGAGCCCUUACCCCAACAUCCCCCCCAUCCAGUCAUCCUGACUCCCCUGAAAAUGAAAAGACAGAGACCACAUUCACUUUCCCUGCACCUGUUCAGCCUGUGUCCCUGCCCAGCCCCACCUCCACAGACGGUGAUAUCCAUGAGGAUUUUUGCAGCGUUUGCAGAAAAAGUGGUCAGUUGCUGAUGUGUGACACGUGUUCCCGUGUGUAUCAUCUGGACUGCCUAGACCCUCCUCUGAAAACAAUUCCCAAGGGCAUGUGGAUCUGUCCCAGAUGUCAGGACCAGAUGCUAAAGAAGGAAGAAGCAAUUCCGUGGCCUGGAACUUUAGCAAUUGUUCAUUCCUAUAUCGCGUACAAAGCAGCAAAAGAAGAAGAAAAACAGAAAUUACUUAAAUGGAGUUCAGAUUUAAAACAGGAACGAGAACAAUUAGAGCAGAAGGUGAAACAGCUCAGCAGUUCUAUAAGUAAAUGCAUGGAAAUGAAGAACACCAUCCUGGCCCGGCAGAAGGAGAUGCACAGCUCCCUGGAGAAGGUAAAGCAGCUGAUCCGCCUCAUCCACGGCAUUGACCUCUCCAAACCCGUAGACUCUGAGGCCACUGUGGGGGCCAUCUCCAAUGGCCCGGACUGCACCCCCCCUGCCAAUGCCGCCACCUCCACGCCGGCCCCCUCCCCCUCCUCUCAGAGCUGCACAGCGAACUGUAACCAGGGGGAAGAGACUAAAUAACAGAGCCCUGCUAGGAGAAGCCACGGGAUCCCGGCGGCAAGGAGAGCAAAACACUGAAGACUCUAGAAAAGCAAAGCCAGAUUUCUUCUGGAAAGUACAGAAUUCUUUUGGUUCUUUGGUUCCAGAGAGAGAGAAGAUGCUUGUGCCAGGCGGCACCAGAGUUUGCCAAUUGAUCCUUCUUAUUCUGUGUGUACAUGCAAAGAUUGGACCAUGUUACAUGAAAUAGUGCCAGCUGGAGGUUCUUUGCCAGCACCAUGCCAAGUGAAAUAAUAUAUUUACUCUCUCUAUUAUACACCAGUGUGUGCCUGCAGCAGCCUCCACAGCCACGAUGGGUUUGUUUUUGUUUUGUUGGGUGGGGAGCAAGGACGGGCGGAGGGAGGAGAGCAGGUUUCAGAUCCUUAUUUGCCGAGCCGUUUGUUUAGGUAGAGAAGACAAGUCCAAAGAGUGUGUGGGCUUUUCCUGUUUCUAGUUCAUUACUAUAAAACCAAAAAAAAGGAAAUCGAGAUUUAACCAACCCCAGUGCCCAGAGGAGGGAUGGGGAGGGGAUGGGAGGGAGCCGGGGUGGGAAAAGUAUAUCAAAUAAGCAGUAUUUCCUAUUGUCUGGGUGGGCCACGUUGUGCAGAGAGAUGGACACAAGGACAGCCCCAGGUGCUUCUCCCGAGCACUCGCCGCCGCGGGCGCCCACCACUCCCCAGGUUCCUGCCCUGCUCUGGCAAGUUGGCAUGCGUCCCGUGGAUGAUGGGCUCCUUCCCUCUCAGAACAAGCAGAGCCAGGCUCAGCUGGCCCUUGCCCAGGGCAGGGAAGGAGGGUGUGUGUGUCGAGGAAGGAAAAAAGGUGGAUCAGUGAUUUUACUUGAAAACAAGCUCCAUCCCCUUUCUAUAUUUAUAAGAAGAUCCUGAGCGAAGCAGCACGCGACCCAGGUGUGUGUGAAUUCAAUGGAGACGUUUCUUUUCUUUAAAUUUUUUUUUGUUCUUUUUUCUUUAAAAAGUUUUAUUUUGUUGUUUAUUUUACUUUUUUGGUAACAAAAACUAAAAUAAGGAAUAGAAAAGCUGUUUUUCAGGCUGACAGUCCAGUUAAGGGUAGUCGAGACCUUGCAUGGUAGAGUAGGAAUCAUAGUGCAGUGAGGUCCAGUGAGUGUGUGCGUCCUGUGUCAUCGUUCGGGGCACUGUUUUUUAUGCAAGGGCAAAAUCUUUGUAUCUGGGGAAAACAACAACAACUUUUUUUUUAAUUAAAAAAGAAAAAUAAAAGAUAUUGAGGUCUUCCUAGUGUUACUUAAAUUAAGAUCAAGGUAAGAAACAUUGUAAAAAAAAAAUUACAAAAGUGCUAUUUGUUUCCUAAAAACAGUGAUUUCUAUUAAAAAGGUGUCAGAACUGGAGAAAA